GUUAUUGUUGUAGCUCAGUUGCUCAACUUAUCUAUCAGUUCUGCACAAAUAUCAGUUUCUUACAAGCACUUACACAGAUAGCAAAGUGUUCCUCUGAAUUAAGAUAUGUCUAGUACUGCUGGCCUUGUAAUUCCCUGCAAAGCUGCGGUAGCAUGGGAGGCAGGGAAGCCAUUGGUGAUCGAACAAAUCGAAGUUGCCCCGCCUCAAACCAUGGAAGUUCGAGUAAAGAUCAAAUACACUGCUCUUUGCCGAACAGACUUCUACUUUUGGGAAGCCAAGGGAAGUACUGCUACUCAGUUAUUUCCUCGAAUUUUCGGUCAUGAAGCUGCUGGCAUUGUAGAAAGUGUUGGUGAGGGAGUGAAUGAUUUCGAAGUAGGGGAUCAUGUUCUUCCAGUGUUCACCGGAGAAUGUGGGGAAUGUCGCCACUGCAAAUCCGAGGAGAGCAACAUGUGUAAUUUGUUACGAAUGAAUCCUUACCAAGGCGUGAUGCUCAACGAUGGAAAAUCUCGGUUUUCUCUCAAGGGAAAUCCUGUUUACCAUUUCAUAGGAACAUCUACUUUCAGUGAAUACACUGUGGUUCAUUCGGGUUGUCUUGUGAAGAUUAACCCACUAGCACCCUUAGACAGAGCCUGCAUUCUUAGUUGUGGAGUCUCGACAGGUUUAGGCGCGACUUUGAAUGUAGCAAAACCGAAGAAAGGCUCUACUGUUGCUGUUUUUGGACUCGGGGCGGUUGGGCUUGCGGCUGCUGAAGGUGCUAGAAUUGCUGGUGCAUCAAGAAUAAUAGGGGUUGCACGAAAUCCCGACAGGUUUGAAGAAGCCAAGAAGUUUGGUGUCACGGACUUUGUCAAUCCGAAAGAUUAUGACAGACCGAUUCAAGAGGUUAUUAGGGAGAUGACAGACGGAGGAGUUGAUCGGAGUAUCGAGUGCACCGGAAAUGUGGAUAUUAUGAUAUCUGCCUUCGAGUGCGUUCAUGAUGGAUGGGGAGUGGCUGUGCUGUGUGGAGUUCCUAGCAAGGAUGCAGUUUUUAUGACAAAGCCGAUAAAUGUUCUUAAUGAGAGAACUCUUAAAGGCACGUUUUUUGGCAACUAUAAGCCUAAGUCGGAUCUUCCUUCUGUUGUCGAUAUGUACAUGAAUAAGGAGUUGGAUCUCGACAAAUUCAUAACUCAUAGAGUUUCUUUCUCGGAAAUCAACAAAGCUUUUGAGUACAUGAAAAAUGGGGAAGGCUUGCGCUGCAUCAUCAGCUUGGAAGAUUAAAAUUCUACCGGAACAAGCAAAAUCAGAGUUUUCAAAAAAUGGUUCAUGUUUUCCUACAACUUCUAAUUGUGUUUAAUAAACCUAUACCCUCUCUUUCUAAUUCUAUCAAUUGUAUUGGAAACAUUGUUCAUACAAACCUCAGAAUGUGAAAAUUGGCUUCACAAUAGCCAACUACGAAAUCAACUGUAUGCGGUGAAAUCUUUAUCAACAGCCAAAAAUAACGAGUCACAAAUACAAUGAAAAACAAUACUAAUCGGCUUCAUUGCUUAGGA